AUGGGGGUCCAAAAGAGAACUCGCAAAUUCGCACUUACAAAACGAGCCAUUUCUAUGCGCGACAACCGCCUGAAGGGUAAUGACAAGACCGACCAAAAGGAUACAGCGAGUAAGGACGAUGUCGUCAAAGAAGCACCCCAGGUUCCCUCGUCUCUCUUCUUCCAGUACAAUACAGCCCUUGCUCCUCCAUAUUCUGUUCUUGUCGACACCAACUUCAUUUCUCAUACCAUCCAACAUAAACUGGAUAUUAUCCCGACCAUGAUGGAUUGUUUGUAUGCCAAAUGUACUCCUGUGAUUACGGACUGUGUCCUGGCCGAGCUCGAAAAGCUCGGUCAGAAGUACCGCCUCGCUCUGCGUGUUGCCAAAGACCCUCGAUUCGAGAGAAUCAAAUGUGACCACAAAGGAACCUAUGCAGAUGACUGCCUCGUGGAUCGGCUCAUCAAGCACCGCGUGUAUAUCGUGGCAACAAAUGAUCGUGACCUAAAGAGACGGAUCCGUAAAAUCCCGGGCGCACCGAUCAUGAGUGUCGCCCGCGGAAAAUAUGUUAUUGAGCGACUUCCCGAUGCCCCUGAAAAGUGA